GUGGUUAAUGUGCAAUCUGACUGGGAGGGGAAGCUCUGUUUGCAAAUGAGCUCUAUAACAUUUCAUCCUGUUCCUUCGUGCCUGUAUCGCAGCUAACAGGAAUGAGAAGUUUCCUCUUUAAACCUUACAUUCAAGCAAUGCGAACAAUAUCAGGGUAAAGUUAAGCAACUGAGCACCAAGAGUUAAAUUUGAGAUCCCGGGGAAGUUACUUAACAACACAAGUAUGGCUGACUACAGCACAGAACCGGCACCUACAAAACUCACUCAAGUUCAGGAUCAAGUUAAUGAUGUUAAAGUGAUUCUGAAAGACAACAUUAACAAAGUUCUGGAGCGAGGAGAGAAAUUAGAUGACCUCAUCGGCAAAACAGAUGAUCUUCAAGCAACGGCCGACUCAUUUCAAAGGACAUCCACACGUGUUGCCAGAAAGAUGUGGUGGAAAAACACUAAGAUGAUGAUUAUAAUUGGUGUGGUAGUGCUUGCUGUCAUUGUGUUAAUCAUUCUGUUGGCAACGGGUGUGAUCCCCUCAUAACAAUAUAUAACUCGUUGUAAAUUAUAAUUUGAUGACAUUUUCACUGUGAAAGUAAUUUUUUUAAUUUUAAGGGAUAUCUGUCAAUAGAUUUAGUGUACAUAUGAUUUUUCUGCUUUGUCUCAUAAGACAAUUUUCCUAAUCAUAAAAAUAUUUUUAAUGUGACUGGAACCACAACAAAACUUUGUAAAUACUAAAUAAAUGAUUUACUAGAGCAAUCUUUUAAAUUAACCACUGUAACAAAGUUAACAUGGCAAGACUUAAUUGGUAAACUAUUUAAUAUCUCAUAAACAAUAAAAAUGGUAAUAGUAUACAGGGGAAAACAUCGAAAUGACAAAAAUCAGUGGACCUUUGAAUCUUCAGUAGUUUUUAAUGUUGUAAUCUCUUUUAUGAUGAUGCCUUAUGUGACUUCUGAAAUGGAUUUUCAAACUUUAAAGUACUUAUUACACUAAUUUUAUACUUGACAAACAGUUGAGGGGUUUUUUUUCAAGCAAGUUUUUAUACAGAAAUUCUUGAUUGGCCUGUAAUUAUAUGUGACCCUACCUGUAAAAAACUGAAAAUGUACUGUUUUCUACAUAAAAUAAUCCUAUAUAAUGUGAAGAACAUUGCUUCAUGACAAAGUUUGUCAUAUUUAAAAAGUAAAAUCAGUGAGAUUUAUUAAACUUGAAUGCUUCUAAUCUCAGGAUUAGAUUACAAGAAAGGGUCAUGUAUUGUUAUAAAAGGCUGUAUGGCAGAAUAAAGCAUGCUUAUGUGGACUGUGGUUAUCCUCUUCUCAUCUCAUUUGUCACUUUUAGGUUAUUGUUAUUAAAUAACUGAAAUUUCAGACUAAUACAUUCAUGAGCUUUUUUAAGUUUGACAGCUGUGGUCCACAUCCACUUUAAUUAUAUGGACUGAUAUUCAUAGAAAAUGUAAAUUUUCUGUUGAAAAUCAUACAGAUAUGGAAAGACAGGAGGGUGAAUAAAUGAUGAAAAAAACUUAGUUUGGGUUAAACUAGUCCUUUAAUAUCUGAAAAAUUUGACUGGCUUCAACCUUGUACACUAUAUUAUCUAUUGUCUCAUUCAAUGGUUUACAUAACUCUGUAGCAAAAUACUGCAAUAUGAAAUGAAUAUUAAAUGGCCUACACUCUGUACACUCUCUCUGUAUGCAAUAAAUUAAAAGAUCUGUAUACAAAAAAA